CAUUGGCUGUGGCUGGUCGAAGUACAAUUUUAAUUUUUUUUAUUUGUGUCUGUUGAUAUUACGUAGUAUAAUAGGAGUUUCGUAAUUUACUUGUAAGCGGUUAAUAAUUAAGUAUACUAAGUUCAGUUUUAAAAAUGGUACCAGCACAGGCAAUAUACGCUGCAGUUCCAAUAUCCGUUUUAAUUGCUAUCGGUUUUAUACGCAAGUGGAGGUCACGAAAAUGGGGAAAAUGCUUAACUGAUACCUGCUUGAGGGGUAAAACUUAUCUCAUUACCGGAGCUAAUAGUGGUAUAGGGUUGGAAACCGCCAAGGCUCUUGUGAGGCGUAAGGCUAGAGUUAUAUUUGCUUGCCGGGACAUCGCCAAGGCGAAACAGGCAAUAAGCGAAAUAAGAAAAGAACAACCUACUGGUGGUGAAAUGAUCCCAAUGCAAUUAGAUCUUUCAUCCUUUGAGUCUAUUGAGAGCUUCGUGGAUGUGAUCAAAACUGGUUUCCAUAAGAUUGAUGUGCUCAUAAACAAUGCAGGAGUGGUGGUGCCACUGAAGAAUGAUGAGAAGACAAAAGAAGGCUUUGAGAUACACUUGGGUGUUAAUCACUUAGGCCAUUUCUAUCUCACUAAUUUAUUAUUAGACCAAUUAAAGAGAGCCGCACCCAGCAGAAUUGUUGUAGUAUCAUCUACACUUCAUGAAAGGGCAAAGAUUGAUUUCAAUGAUUUGAACUUGAGAGGUGAAAUUGAGAAAGCCAAGAAGGGUCAAGUGAAAGCACGUCACAACUUAGGGUAUUCCAACUCUAAACUGAUGAAUGUCUACUUUGCAAGAGCUCUCGCUGACAAACUGCGGGACACAGGGGUUGAUGUGUAUACUUGCUGUCCUGGUUUCUGCUACACCAAUCUGUUUAGGUUUUCAGUGAAAUGGUAUCAUUAUUUAAUAAUGUUACCGGUAGCUUUAAUGUACAUGAAGUCUGCGAAACAGGGUUCAGAGACGAUAGUAUACUGUGCAACCGACUAUGGUAUAGAAGGUCAGAGUGGAAAGUUCUAUCGUGACUGCGUUGAGUAUGAUUCCAAGUACACAUUCAAGAAGGAAGAAGAAAUCAAACUGUGGAAUAUUAGUGAGGAGCUCGUAAAAGCCAGAAAACCAUUGUAAUAAGGAAUGUGGAGUAAGUUUUACUGUGAAAAUGUACUGCAGUGAUAAUUGUAUUAAAUCAUUCUUGUGAUGUCUGUUUUUUUCAAAGCAUGUUUUUAUACAAGUAUUAUGACAGUGGAAACCCAGUUAUGUAGGAAAUUUACAAAACUAUGAGACACAAUUUGUAUAAGCAACUUACUUUAUACGAAAUCAGUGACAUUUUACAUUUUAAAAUGGUUGCGCUCUAUUUUAACCAGUGGUUAAAAUGAAUCAAAUACACACACAUACAAACAUACCGGGGAGUUAAUAUUGUAAGUUAUUUUGUGAAUCAAUAGUUUGGUU